CAAGACAUCUACGACAAGAAUACUACUUCUCAAAAAUUCCAAGUAGCUGGAUUAGCAUAACACAAAAAGCAACAACCCAAGAUGAUAUAGUAAAACCAGAUCUACCACAAUCACUAAUACAACUUCAAGAAGCAUUAGAGAAAAUUACAGACGAAAUAUAUAUUACUAUUCCUAUCGAAAAACAACAAGAUAUAACAACAACACUUAAAAUAUUACAAGCUCACUUCAAUAUAACUACAAUUCCUGACUACUUACUAAAACUACCUUCACUUCCAGAACCCACCUGGGACAUCUUUGCAUAA